CAGGUGCCAAUCUCUCCCUCUCUGUUCCUCUCUGUCUCUUCCUGGGAGUUGGUGGGCAGAAAGAGGGGAACCAAGUGACCAGGACUCCUGAGAGAGAGCGAGAGAGAGAGAGAGGUCCUCUCUCUGGGCCCGUUCCUCUUCUUCCACAGUUCCCUGCAAGAUGCUGCAGCUGCGCUUGGCCAGGGGCCGGGUGGCUCUUCUAGUGCUCCGGCGACUCUCGCCAUGCCCAGCUGCCUUCCAGAGCACCCAACGGGUGGAAUACAAGCCCAUCAAGAAGGUGAUGGUGGCCAACAGAGGGGAGAUUGCCAUCCGGGUCUUCCGCGCCUGCACAGAGCUGGGCAUCCGGACGGUGGCUGUCUAUUCAGAGCAAGAUACGGGGCAGAUGCACCGGCAGAAGGCAGAUGAGGCCUACCUUGUCGGACGGGGCCUCCCCCCUGUCCAGGCCUACCUCCACAUCCCGGACAUCAUUAAGGUUGCCCAGGAAAAUGAAGUAGAUGCCAUCCACCCUGGCUAUGGCUUCCUCUCCGAGCGCUCUGACUUUGCCCAAGCUUGCCUGGAGGCCGGUGUGCGCUUCAUUGGCCCCUCCCCAGAGGUGGUGCGCAAGAUGGGUGACAAGGUGGAGGCUCGAGCCAUCGCCAUCUCCGCAGGCGUGCCGGUGGUGCCUGGAACAGAUGCCCCCAUUUCCUCCCUCAACGAAGCCCAGGAGUUCUCCAAAACCUAUGGCUUCCCCAUCAUCUUCAAAGCAGCCUACGGCGGAGGAGGGCGCGGCAUGAGGGUGGUGCGCAGCUAUGAGGAGCUGGAGGAAAACUACACCCGGGCCUUUUCGGAGGCACUUUCGGCCUUUGGGAACGGGGCCCUCUUUGUGGAGAAGUUUGUGGAGAAGCCCAGGCACAUCGAGGUCCAGAUUCUGGGCGACAAGUACGGGAACGUGGUCCACCUCUACGAACGGGACUGCUCCAUCCAGAGGCGGCACCAAAAGGUGGUGGAGAUCGCCCCGGCUGCCCACCUGGACUCCCAACUUCGUUCCCAGCUGACAAACGAUGCCGUCCGGCUGGCAAAGCAGGUUGGCUAUGAGAACGCUGGCACGGUGGAGUUCCUGGUGGACCGGCACGGCAAGCACUUCUUCAUUGAGGUCAACUCCCGUCUACAGGUGGAGCACACCGUGACGGAAGAAAUCACAGAGUUCCACAGCGUAGUGGCACUUGAGGAAACGGCGAGGAAGACGGUCAGGAAGGAGCAAAGGGCGCCCUUGGCGGUGGGUGGGGGAGAACUUGCUGGAGGGGGAAGGAGUGGCUCAGGUCUGAUGGGAGCCUUAUGGGCUGAUGGGAGAGGUGCCUUGCAUUGCCAAGCCGGCAGGAAGGAAGGAAGGCAGGCCUGUAGCCGGUCACUGGAUGAACCUGUGUGUGCAUGCAUGUGUGGACCUCUUGGGAGCUCCUGUCUCCUGACCACCACCCCUUUCUUUCCUCUUCCUCUGCAGGUGUUCCGGAGUGGGGAGGGGAUGGGGAUCCGCCUGGACAGUGCCUCUGCUUUCCAGGGGGCUGUCAUCUCCCCACAUUAUGACUCCCUCCUGGUGAAGGUCAUUGCCCACGGCAAGGACCACCCCACCGCUGCCUCCAAGAUGAGCCGAGCCCUGGCAGAGUUCCGGAUCCGAGGGGUCAAGGGGCCCUCAUCCUGGCCCACAGGCACCAGUCUGGGCACGCAUUUCUCCCUGCUCCCAGGGAGCCUGGCUGAGGGCUAUACCACACUCUCCUCCAAGUCGUCUGCGCUGAGGAGGGGCCCGAUCCUCUUUGCUGCCACUGGGGCUGGCGCCGGGUCUCCCUCCAGCUCUUCUUCCGGGAAGCCCCCACGACCCAGCAUGCCAUGGACGGACUGGCUGCGCUUGCUCCAGACGAAGCUCAGGCGCUUGGCAGCAGAUGCUCGGGCGCUCCCGCAGACCUUGUACCUGACCAUCAUGACUACGGUGAAGACCAGCAGGGUGACCACCACCACACCCCCCACAAUCACCGUCAGGCCUCCCUUUGGCAAAGGCUGCCCACCCACCUUCCCCUCUCCUGGGAAUCUGCAGCAUUGUGUGAUCUUUGUCCAUUAUGAGCGCGUCAUCCACAGUCGAGUUGUACUGGAUCUGGUACAUCCAGGCCGUGUAGGCCGAGGACUGGUCCGCUACCCAGCGGACCAGGGCCGAGGUGGCCGUCACCUCAGAGAUCUCCACCGUCCUCCUCACGGCACUGGUGCCCCCUUCGCUUGUCCCAUUGACCGCGGAGGUCUUGGCAGAAGUGGCAAUGUCAGAGGACCCCGGGUCUGGUUGUGGGGCAGGGGCGCUGCCAUUGCCCCGGUGCGGCAGAGGGAUGAUCUGGAGGUCGACGGUGGCCGUAGAUUCCCCAGCGGCAUUGAUAGCGAUGCAGGUGGUGGCCCGCUGGCCCUCCAGCACCCAGAGCUUGUGAGUGUGGCGGGUGAUGAGCGGCGGCUCGCAGGCAAACUCCUCCUCGGGCACCGCCCAGAAGUAGCGCCCAGCCACAUGGGGCGGGGAUGCGCAGGUCUCCAGGUCGUCCUGGUGGCCCAAGCGCCGCAGCCAGAGCAGCUCGCAGUUACAGUGCAGGGGAUUUCCCCCAAAGCCGAGGGAGACAGUGGGGGCGUAGGGGGUGGGGCUGACCACCCCCGGCUGGGCACGGGCAAAGAGCGGGUCGGGGGGCAGCGUUUGGAGUCGGUUGGAGGUCAUGUCCAGCCGGGAGAGCUUGUAGAGCUCGGCAAAGGCCCCCUCAGGGAGGGUGUCAAUCAGGUUGUGGUCCAGGUUGAGGGUGUGAAGGCUGAGCAUCCCCCGGAUGCCGUCCCAGGGGGCCCGGCGGAGGUUGUUGUAGGAGAGGUCCAGGUCUUCCAGUGUCAGCACGAAGUCGUCGAAGGCGCCCACCGAGACCUCUGCCAGCUGGUUGUUGUUGAGGAUGAGGUGCUGGAGGUUGAGCAGCCCCCGCAGGGCCUCCUCAGGGAUGCCGGUCAGCCGGUUGCCAUCCAGGAAGUCCGGCGGCUCCACCACCUGGAUGAAGUUGUCGGCCAGGCGCAGCUCCACCGUCCGGCAGUCAAUGUUGGGCGGGACAAAGAGGAGGCCCUUGUGGGCGCAGAGGGUGCUGAGAGACUCAGAGAGGUUCUGGCAGACGCAGUGGAAGGGGCAGGCCUCCACGGGGGGCUGGCACCUGCAAUGGAGGAGGAGGAGGAGGAGGAGGUGCACCUCCUGCGCACGCCCGUGCCACCCUCGCCCGCCUCCCCCUGCGCACCGCCUCCUCCUUCGCCUCCUCCUUCGCUUCCUCCACACGGCCGCACAGCCUGGAACGGAGGAGAAGGAGUGUUGGCUGGGCCUCUGACGCGCGACAGAGACCUCUGUAAUGCCAGAACUCAGCAGGGAAGCAUGCACAGCCGGAUGGGGGCCUCGGCAGGGAAGCUGGCGGGCAGGAGCUCCAUCACCAGUCAUAAGCCACCGGGUUGCCACGCAUGCUACAGACUGAGCAAUCUACACGAAUGGGGGUCUGGGCACUUUGUGCAACAGACGAGGCACGGGGAUCUUUUCUCGCCUCAACCCCCCUUUCACCCUGCCUCUCUCCCCCUGCCCUGGGUCUCCUUAACAGGCCAGCCGCCCACAGGAUUCCGGGACGUCCUCCUCCGCGAGGGCCCUGCAGGCUUUGCCAAGGCCAUUCGGCACCACCAAGGACUGCUCCUGAUGGACACCACCUUCCGAGAUGCUCACCAGUCGCUGCUGGCCACCCGCGUUCGCACCCACGACCUGAAGAAGAUUGCACCCUUCGUGGCCCACAACUUCAGCAACCUCUUCAGCAUGGAGAAUUGGGGAGGUGCCACCUUUGACGUGGCCAUGCGCUUCCUCUACGAGUGUCCCUGGCGCCGGCUACAGGAGCUCCGUGACUUGAUCCCCAACAUCCCCUUCCAGAUGCUUCUCCGGGGGGCCAACGCCGUCGGCUACACCAACUACCCAGACAACUCUGUCUUCAAGUUCUGCCAAGUGGCCAAGGAGAAUGGGAUGGACAUAUUCCGGGUGUUUGACUCCCUCAACUACCUGCCCAACAUGCUGCUGGGAAUGGAGGCGGCUGGGCAGGCGGGGGGUGUGGUGGAAGCUGCCAUCUCCUACACGGGGGAUGUGGCCGACCCCAGCCGGACCAAGUACACCUUGGACUACUACAUCAACCUGGCCGAGGAGCUGGUCAAAGCCGGCACCCACAUCCUGGCCAUCAAGGAUAUGGCGGGUGUCCUGAAGCCUCAGGCCUCUUCCAUGCUGGUGGGGGCCCUGCGGGAGCACUUCCCCAACGUCCCUCUGCACAUCCAUACCCAUGACACCUCCGGGGCCGGUGUGGCCUCCAUGCUGGCCUGCGCUGCCGCUGGGGCUGACAUCGUGGACGUGGCAGUGGAUGCCAUGUCUGGAAUGACCUCCCAACCCAGCAUGGGCGCCAUGGUGGCCUGCACCCGCGGGACUGAGCAUGACACAGGCAUCCAGAUGGAGAAGGUGUUUGACUACAGUGAGUACUGGGAGAUGGCCAGGGGCCUCUACGCUUCCUUCGACUGCACGGCCACCAUGAAGUCCGGCAACGCUGACGUCUACGAGAACGAGAUCCCUGGGGGCCAGUACACCAACCUCCACUUCCAGGCCCAUAGCAUGGGGCUGGGGAACAAGUUCAAGCAGGUGAAGAAGGCCUAUGUGGAGGCCAACAAGCUCCUCGGGGACCUCAUCAAGGUUACGCCGUCUUCAAAGAUUGUGGGCGAUCUGGCUCAGUUCAUGGUCCAGAACAACCUGACCCGGGAGGAGGUGGAGGCCCAGGCCGACGAGCUUUCCUUCCCCGUCUCAGUGGUGGAGUUCCUGCAGGGCUACAUUGGCAUCCCCUACGGGGGCUUCCCAGAGCCCUUCCGGUCUAAGGUGUUGAAGGACCUUCCACGGGUCGAGGGCCGCCCAGGGGCCUCCCUGCCUCCGCUGGACUUUGCAAAGCUGGAAGAGGAGCUGAACGAGCAGCACGAGGAGAUCACCUCUGAAGACGUCCUCUCGGCCGCCAUGUACCCCAAAGUCUUCCACGAGUUCAAGGAAUUCACAGCCAACUUUGGGCCUGUUGAAUGUCUCAAUACCCGCCUCUUCCUGGAGGGACCCAAGAUUGCAGAAGAGUUUGAGGUGGAGCUGGAACGCGGGAAGACCCUCCACAUCAAGGCCCUGGCCCUGGGGGACCUCAACCGGGCCGGGCAGCGGGAAGUCUUCUUUGAGCUCAACGGUCAGCUCCGCUCCAUCCUGGUCAAGGACACCAAAGCCAUGAAGGAGAUGCACUUCCACCCGAAAGCCCUGAAGGACGUCAAGGGCCAAGUGGGGGCCCCGAUGCCCGGGAAGGUGAUCGACAUCAAGGUGAAGGAGGGGGAGGCCAUAGAGAAAGGGCAGCCGCUCUGCGUCCUGAGCGCCAUGAAGAUGGAGACAGUGGUCAACUCCCCGCUGAGUGGGACGGUCAAGAAGAUCCACGUCAAGGCGGACAUGAGCCUGGAGGGGGACGACCUCAUCCUGGAGAUUGAGUAACUGCCCGCUGCCCCCAAUGGAGAGAGCCACCCGGAUGCCUCUUGCCUUGGGUUGCCGUGGCUUCUCUUCUCCUGUGUGCCAUUGGUUCUGCCACACCAGCGGACCUUCCCUGGCCCCUGGCCAGCAUCCCCACCAUCACACUUGCCUUAACUCUAGCCUACACAAGGGAGGGGGUGAGGAGCUACGCGUUGGCUCUUCUUCCCAUGGCAGAAGCCACCCUGCCCUCUCUGGCACUCAGGAGGGAGGGAGGGUUGGAGGGAAGGGACCCGCCUGGGAAGGGACCUUUGCCCAACGCUGCCCCCCACUCCUCCCCAGUGGCCUUGCCCCCCCCCCCCCGCGCACACGCGCACACUCUUCCUGGGCCUGCGAGACCAGCGUGGCAAACAACCCUCCUCCUCCGCACCCCCUUUGUCUUGUUUCGCUGCACUUACCUGGCACCCCUUCCCUGCAAACACACACCUUUUCUCUUCUUUGCCUUUCUUGCCCCCCCCCCCCAAUAAUCUCAUGUUUUACAUAGCCUUAUGCUGGGGGGGGGGGGUUUGAGAAAAGGCCCUCCCAUCCCCAAAUUCCUAGCCUCUUUCAUCUCCCCUUUGCUCUCCAUUUCAGUUCCAAACGCCAGGCUGGCGGGGAUGCCUGCCUUGCGCUGUGUGUGGAACCAAGUGCAAACCCUCCCUCCUUUUUGCGAUGGACAAAGCGACUGUGUGUUGUUUACAGGGUUGUUCACCAAGAGUGGGAGGGGAAGGGAACGUGGCGGACCCCCUUCUCCCAUUCCUCUGGUGAGGGAGCAAAGCAAAGACACGGAGCAACAGUUUCCCUGUGAGAGAGAAAUGAGCCAGGCAGAGCCAGAGGAAGACAGACUGCCUCCGAGGGACCCAGGGAUCAUGUCAGAGAGACUUCUGGGUGAAAGCAGGGCCCACCGAAGGGACAAAGUGAAAUGAAAGCAGCCUCGGCCUCA